AUGAGUGGCACUGCUCCAGCCGGAAAUGCAUUGCUGUUAAAAAGACAAUUGAACGAGUUGCGGAAACAUCCAGUAGAAGGAUUCAGUGCCGGCUUGAAGGAUGAGAGCAACUUGUAUGAGUGGGAGAUUAUCAUCAUUGGACCAGCAGAUACCCUAUACGAAGGCGGCUUCUUACGUGCUGAGCUGAUAUUUCCACCAGAAUAUCCACUUCUACCGCCAAAGAUGAAGUUCAUCACUCCGAUGUGGCACCCAAACGUCUACGAGGAUGGUGGCGUUUGCAUUUCCAUCUUGCAUGCUCCCGGCACAGACGAAUGGGGAUACGAAGAUGCAGGGGAGAGGUGGCUACCAGUGCAUACAAUCGAAUCAAUCCUGCUUUCCGUUAUCAGUCUUCUCUCAUCGGACACGCCAAAUCUUGACUCACCUGCCAAUGUCGAUGCGGCCAAGCAGGUACGAGAGGACAUUAAAGGAUAUCGCAAAAAGGUUCGCAGACUUGUUCGCGAAUCUGCCGAAGCAGCUUUCGACUAA